GACCUAAACUAAAACCCUUCUUCUAAACCCUGCUCAUUCAGAACGGUUCUGAAGCUAGAGCUCUGAGCCAUGGCACCGCAUGCUGCAAAAUCGCCGAUGAACAACGACAACAACGACAAGCUUAAAGCGUCGAAGAAAAAUUUCAAACCCAAGAGGGAACAAAUCGGAGCCGCCACCACCAACGCCGCGAAGUCGGAGGCGCUCGCGGUGCAGCUCGAAGACGAGGUUCCCGAUUUCCCCCGAGGAGGAGUGUUUUCGGUGAAGCGGAGGAAAGAUUAUGAGGAGUUUGACGGGGAGGAUUAUCCUAGGAAAGGGAAGAAUAAGAAGAAAAAGGGGAGGAAUGUUUCGAGUAAGAGUGAUGAACUUGGAGAUGAUUGGGGCUCGCUUUCCGGCGAUGGUAUUACUGGGAAACUGCCGCGGCGUGUGAAUAAAGUUACUCUUAAGAAUAUGACUCCUGGAAUGAAGAUAUGGGGAGUUGUUGCUGAAGUAAAUGAUAAAGACCUUAUCAUUAGUUUGCCAGGUGGUUUACGUGGUUUAGUUCAUGCUUCAGAUGCGUUGGAUCCUAUUUUUAACAACAAAAUUGAGGUCGGGGAAGUAUUUUGUGUUGGGCAGCUGGUUUCAUGUGUUGUGCUUAGAUUGGAUGAGGACAAGAAAGACAAAGGUAGCAGGAAAAUUUGGCUUUCUUUGCGUCUUUCUUUGUUGCACAAGAACUUCAACUUGGAUGUUGUUCAGGAAGGCAUGAUUCUUGCUGCAUAUGUGAAAAGCAUUGAAGACCAUGGUUACAUUCUUCAUUUUGGUUUGUCUUCUUUCACGGGUUUCUUGCCGAAAAAUAUCUCUAAUAAUGAAGGCCAUGGCAGUGAAGUAAAAAUGGGGCAGCAUCUGCAGGUAGUGGUUAGGAGCAUUGAUAAAAAUCGUAAACUGGUUUACUUGAGUUCUGACCCAGAUACAAUGUCCAAAAGUGUGAACAAGGAUCUUAAAGGUAUAUCGAUUGAUCUUCUGGUUCCAGGAAUGAUGGUUAACGCUCGUGUGAAGUCAAUACUUGAGAAUGGUGUUAUGUUGUCAUUUCUCACAUACUUCACUGGAACUGUUGAUCUAUUUCACUUGCAAGAUAUAUAUCCCGCGGCAAGUUGGAAGGAUAAGUGCAGUGAAUCUCAGAAGGUUAUUUCUCGGAUAUUAUUCAUUGAUCCAUCAAGUAGAGCUGUUGGUUUGACGCUGAAUCCACAUCUUGUUCAAAACAGGGCCCCUCCUUCUCAUGUUAAAAUUGGAGAAAUAUAUGAUGACACAAAAGUUGUCAGGGUGGAUAAAGGAUCAGGACUGCUGCUUGAAGUUCCAUCAAUUCCAGAGUCAACUCCGGCUUUCGUCAGUAUAUCUGAUAUUGCUGAAGAGGAGAUCCAAAAACUUGAGAAAAAAUACAAGGAAGGAAAUCAUGUCAGAGUUCGGAUUCUAGGAUUAAGGCACUUGGAAGGUCUUGCUACAGGAGUUUUGAAGGCUAGUGCUUUUAACGAGACAGUGUUUACUCAUUCCGAUGUCAAGCCAGGAAUGGUGGUGAAGGCCAAGAUUCUCUCAGUUGAUAGCUUUGGUGCUAUAGUGCAAAUUCCUGGUGGUGUGAAGGCACUUUGUCCGCUUCGACAUAUGUCUGAACUGGAAAUUGCAAAGCCUGGAAAAAAAUUCAAGGUAGGAGCUGAAUUGACGUUUCGUGUGCUUGGUUGCAAGUCAAAAAGAGUGACAGUUACACACAAGAAAACUCUUGUGAAAUCAAAACUAGAGAUUAUUAGUGCCUAUGCUGAUGCAACUGAUGGUUUGAUAACUCAUGGAUGGAUAACAAGGAUUGAGAUUCAUGGGUGCUUUGUACGAUUUUACAAUGGGGUCCAAGGGUUUGCUCCCAGAUCUGAACUUGGACUAGAGCCAGGUGCUGAUCCAGGUACAGUUUAUAAUGUUGGGCAAGUUGUUAAAUGUCGUGUCACGAGUUCCAUUCCUGCUUCACGGAGGAUCAACCUUAGUUUCCUUAUAAAGCCCACGAGGGUUACUGAAAAUGAUGCGGUUACGUUUGGUAGCAUUGUUUCGGGAAUUGUUGACGUGUUGACAUCUAAUUCUAUAGUCGUUUGUGUCAAUUCAAAUAGUUUCUCUAGGGGCACAAUAUCAAUGGAGCACUUGGCAGAUCAUCAUGGGCAAGCUGCUUUGAUGAAAUCAGUGUUGAAACCUGGAUAUAAUUUUGAUCAACUAUUGGUUUUAGAUGUUAAAGGGAACACUUUGAUUCUGUCUGCCAAAAGUUCGCUUAUAAAAUCUGCUCAGCAGAUUCCUGCUGAUAUUAGUCAGAUACAUCCCAACUCUGUUGUACAUGGCUAUAUAUGUAACUUAAUUGAGACAGGCUGUUUUGUUCGUUUCCUUGGUCAAUUAACUGGUUUCGCUCCAAGAAAUAAGGCUGCAGAUGAUCAGAAAACCAAUAUUUUAGAAUCCUAUUAUAUUGGACAAUCAGUUCGCAGUAACGUAUCCAAUGUUAAUAGUGAAACUGGUAGAGUAACACUCUCUCUAAAGCAGACAUCUUGUUCUUCAACAGAUACAUCAUUUAUUCAGGACUUCUUUCUUAUGGAUGAGAAGAUUGCUAAGUUGCAAUGCUUGGGCUCUGGUGCAUCUGAUUUGAAAUGGGAUGAAGGAUUUAAGAUUGGUGCCAUUGUUGAAGGGAAAGUGGAGGAUGAUAAGGAUGUUGGAUAUGUUGUAAGCUUUGAGAAGUACAAUGAUGUUUUUGGCUUUAUUACCAAAUAUCAAUUACCUGGAACUAUUGUGGAGAAAGGCUCUGUAGUGGAAGCAUUGGUUCUUGAUGUUGCAAAGGCUGAACGACUCGUUGAUUUAACUCUCAAACCAGAGUUCAUUAAUAGGUCUAAAGAAAGUUCUAUAAGUCAUACCAAAAAGAAGAAACGUCAAAGGGAACCAUUGAAGGACUUGGUAUUGCAUCAGACAGUGAAUGCAGUGGUGGAAGUUGUUAAAGAAAACUACUUGGUUGUAUCAAUUCCAGAGAAUAAUUACACUAUAGGAUAUGCAUCUGUAUCUGACUAUAAUACUCAAGGGUUUUCUCGGAAACAAUUCCAAAAUGGACAGAGUGUUGUGGCAACUGUUAUGGCUCUUCCAAGCCCUGAAACAUCAGGGAGGUUGCUUUUACUUCUUGAUGAGCUCAAUGGAACAUCAAGUGCUAAAAGAGCCAAGAAGAAAUCUAGCUAUAAAGUGGGAUCUCUGGUUGAGGCAGAGAUUACCGAAAUCAGAUCUCUUGAGCUGAAACUUAAGUUUGGAUUUGGUCUACAUGGAAGGGUUCACAUUACAGAGGUACAUGAUUCAAAUGUAAUGAAAAAUCCAUUUUCUGGCUACAAAGUUGGGCAAACAGUGACAGCAAGGAUUGUUGCAAAGCCUAAUGAAGCAGAUAGCAAGAGAAAUAGCUCACGGUGGGAGCUAUCAGUCAGACCGGACAUCGUUACAGGUUCCAGCGAUAUAGGAGACAAUAUGUCAGAAAAUCUUGACUUUAAAAUUGGGCAAUGUGUGGCUGGUUAUGUAUAUAAAGUAGAAAGUGAAUGGGUCUGGUUAACUACAUCUCGAAAUAUAAAAGCUCAGCUAUAUAUCCUUGAUAGUGCUACUGAACCCAGUGAGCUUAAGGAUUUCCAGAAUCGAUAUCAUGUUGGACAACCUGUUUCUGGUCAUGUUCUGAGUCUCAACAGGGAGAAGAAGCUAUUGCGGUUGGUGUUACGCCCCUUUUCUGCUAUACCUUUCAGAACUAGUGAGGAGAAGCAAAUUAAUGUUGUGAAUAAGGAUUUAACCGCUCAUAUUCAUGAAGGAGAUAUUUUAGGGGGAAGGAUUAGUAAAAUACUUCCUGGUGUUAGUGGAUUGCUUGUUCAAAUUGGUCCUCAUACAUAUGGAAAAGUUCAUUUUACUGAACUUAGAGACACAUGGAUGCCAGAUCCAUUGUCUGGAUUUCAUGAAGGGCAGUUUGUCAAAUGUGUUGUUCUUGAAGUCAGCCACACUCUCCAGGGUACUCUUCAUGUUGACUUGUCAUUACAUUCUUCUAAUUUGAUGCUUUCUCCAGAUUCUGCAGAUGUUCACAGCAAUGAGCAUGCUAGUAAGAAAUGUGUGGAGAAGAUUGAGGAUCUUCAUCCUGAUAUGGUUGUAAAGGGUUAUGUUAAGAGUGUCACACCAAAAGGUUGCUUCAUAAUACUUUCACGGAAGAUUGAUGCCAGAAUUCUUAUCCCCAAUUUAUCAGAUCAAUAUAUAGAAGAUCCUGAGAAAGAAUUUCCUGUUGGAAAACUUGUAAUUGGCAGGGUUAUAUCUGUGGAGCCUCUUUCAAAGCGUGUUGAAGUUACACUGAAGACCUCAACUGUUUCAGAUACAUCAAAAUCUGAAAGUAUGGAUUUGAGUAAAUUUCAUGUGGGCGAUCUUAUAUCUGGCAGGAUUAAGCGGGUUGAGCCAUUUGGUUUGUUCAUUGCAAUUGACAACACAAACAUGGUUGGAUUGUGCCACGUGUCAGAGAUUUCUGAUGAUCGGAUUGAGAACAUUGAAGCCAAGUAUAGAGCUGGAGAGAAAGUAAAGGCAAUACUAUUGAAGGUGGAUGAAGAAAAGAACAGAAUUUCUUUGGGAAUGAAGAAUUCAUAUAUGAAAGAUGAAACUGUGCACGAAACACCUCUGGAGGAAGGUUCGGAUGAACCUAUUGCAGAUGGAAUGAAGUCUGUAACUUCUAUCCAUGAUAGUUUGAUUGGAACCUCAAAUAUAGACAUUGAAGGUGACAUUGAUCAAUUCCCAAUUCUUUCACUAGCGGAAGAAAGGGCAUACAUUCCUCCACUUGAUGUUGCCCUUGAUGAGAAUGAUCAGUUUGAUGUAAAUAACACAAAUAGUCUAACUGAAGAUCCUGCAAAAGAAGAAGCCACUUUACAUGAAAAGCAGAAGAGUCAUGAAAAGAAAAAGGCAAAGGAGGAGAGGGAGAAACAAAUAAGGAUUGCUGAGGAAAGACUACUGGAGGAGGAUGUACCAAGAACUGCUGAUGAGUUCGAAAAGUUGGUUAGAACCUCUCCCAAUAGCAGUUUCAUCUGGAUAAAAUACAUGGAUUUCGUGAUUUCGUUGGCUGAUAUCGAGAAAGCCCGGUCAAUUGCUGAAAGGGCUUUAAGGACAAUAAAUCUCCGAGAAGAGAAUGAGAAGCUCAACAUCUGGAAGGCCUACUUUAAUCUGGAAAAUAAGUAUGGAAACCCUAAAGAGGAGGCUGUAAUGAAAGUAUUCCAAAGAGCUCUACAAUACAAUGAUCCCAAGAAAGUACAUCUAGCACUGUUGGGAAUGUAUGACAGGACCGAGCAGCAUGAUUUAGCUGAUGAACUUCUCAACAAGAUGACAAAGAAGUUCAAACAUUCAUGCAAAGUUUGGUUGCGGCGUGUGCAAAGUCUUAUGAAGCAAAAGCAGGACAGCGUUCAACCUGUUGUCAAUCGUGCUUUGUUAAGCCUUCCCCGACGUAAGCAUAUUAAAUUCAUCUCACAGACAGCUAUUCUUGAAUUCAAGACCGGGGUUCCAGACCGGGGACGAUCCUUGUUUGAAGGAAUUUUACGGGAAUACCCAAAGAGAACGGACUUGUGGAGUGUUUAUCUUGAUCAAGAAAUUCUACUUAAAGAUGAAGAUUUAAUUCGCGCCCUGUUUGAAAGGGCAAUAAGUCUGAGCCUCCCACCUAAAAAGAUGAAGUUUUUAUUUAAAAAGUAUCUUGAUUAUGAGAAGUCCCAAGGUGAUGAAGAACGAAUUGAAUCUGUGAAGAGGAAGGCAUUGGAAUAUGUUGAGAGUAUGGCUUGAAACAAAUUCUUCACUUCCUUAAUGUUGAAGUCAUAGUUGGGUGCCUCUGUUAAUUAGAGGUCCUACCACACUACGCAAUAGUGCUGAUUGGCUUUCUGCGGUGGAGAUCGAGUGAUUGAUGAGAGCUUAUAAGUUGAGUUGAAAAUGCAUAAAACGUACACGGCAAGAGAUUGACACAUACAUUUUAUAAUUUUGGUUAAAUCAGUGAAAUUUUUGCUAACAGUGUUGAGAUUGAGGAUUAGAGAGGAAACAUAGGUCACUUCACACUGUCAUUAUUUGCCUAUUGCCCUUUUUUUUAACAUCAUUUGGGCUGUUGUUUUUCUGAGGCUAGAUCGAUCAUAGUAUCCAAAUGAUUAUGAAUUUUGAGCUUAUAUACUACACGAUGUUGUAAUGUGGUGAUAUUGUAUGAUUACGAUUAAUUUAGAAAAUGUAUACAUAAUUUUAUUGUC